AGAAGGCAAUAAAUACAUAUUUUUUGGGCUGAUUGAUUACUUUUUAUUUUCAGAAAUAUAUGUUAAUAGUCUGGAAAGAUGUGGAAAUUGUCCAAGACUAUUUUGACAAAAUGUUUGGAACAAAGAGCAAUGAUUAUUGGAAAAACAAUGAGUAUAUCAAGUGAACCUUUACCAGUUAUAACCAUGCCACAAAAAAUGAUAAAAAAAUUGGAUAGACAUAAAAGUGGCAUAAGAGAACGUGAGGAAAAAUCACGUAGAAUGGGACGUAGAUCGCAAACAAUGGUUAUAUCAUGUAAAAGAAGUGAAUACAAUUGUCAUAAAGGUGAAAAAUUUCAAGAUGAAAAUGAUAGAAAUCUAGCCUCUCAUGGCUGGAAGCAUAGUAAAUCUGUUGGUGAUUAUUUUACACUGGUUUCAUAUAGCAAGAACCCAGCUGUAUUGGGGGAAGAUAAAAGAGAAAAAUUCUCUGAUCAGAAUGUAAACAGUAGAUUAGUUGAAGGAUUGAAAGAAUUGGGUUUUAUUAACAUGACCACAGUUCAGUCAGAAUCUAUCAGUAAAAUAUUAAAUGGUCAGCAACUGAUUAUGGCUGCAGAAACAGGUAGUGGUAAAACGUUAGCAUAUUUGGUUCCAAUAAUAGAACGUAUUGAACAACAAAUAAAACGGUUUGGGAGAGAAAAUCCCCGGAAUUCUCCAUAUGCAAUUAUAUUAACACCUUCACAUGAACUGACAGAACAGAUAGGUAGUGUGAUAGAAUCAUUGUCAAAUUAUACUGAUGUUAGAUAUCACAUGGAGUUUGGUGGGCGUGGUACCCAGGGUAAAUUAGCGUGGCCUAUAUCUAGAAGUAUGGAUAUAUUAAUCUCAACACCAGGUGUUCUAGCAAAAUUCCUAACAGCAGGUCAUAUAAAAGGAAGUAAUUUACAGCAUAUUAUAUUUGAUGAAGCUGAUACACUGUUAGAUGAUAGUUUUAGUGGUUCUGUUAAUUAUAUCAUACGAAAGUUACAGGCAUCGAGUGGAGCUAGUGUUAGAGAUGAAGAUGUUAUUGUUAAUAAAGGUGUACAGUUUAUAUUAGUUAGUGCUACAUUAGCUAAAGGUCUACAAGAUAUCAUAGGAAAUUUAAUACCAGUAGAUAAAAUGGCUAGAGUAACAACAGCAGGUUUACAUCGACUGAUGCCACACGUUCCUCAAAAAUUUAUUAGAGUUAGCAAUGCAGAUAAAGCAGAACAAAUGAUCAAGUUAUUAAAAACUAAACAGAAACCAACUCUAGUGUUUUGUAAUAAAAGUGAAACAGUUUUUUGGUUGAAUCAAACUUUAUUAGAAAAUAACAUUGACAAUAUUAUGCUGUCUGGAGCUUUACAAGAAAGGCAAAGACAGGGACGUUUUAUACAGUUUCAAGAGGGUAAAUAUGAUGUAAUGGUAGCUACUGAUAUCGCUUCUAGAGGUCUUGAUACAACAAGGGUGGAGCAUAUAAUUAACUUUGAUUUUCCGUUAUUUAUGUCGGAUUAUAUACACCGAGUGGGGCGUGUUGGAAGAGUUGGUGCUCCCAACUCGGGUCAUGUGACCAGUCUGAUCAGUCAGAAAUGGGAUGUUGAUUUGUUGUGGAAAAUUGAGAUGGCAGCCAGGAAACAAAGUGAACUUCACAAUGUAAAUGCCAACAUUAAACGUAAAAUAGACGGUAUUAUAGCACAAAAAUAUGGAGUACAGUGAUAAAUGUGACUUGUUAAUUAGGGACAGUUUAAGAGAUUAUAGCUUUAAGGAGAAUGAUAUGUGGUAUCGAUAUAUCUAGAAACCUAUUACUUCACAAGUUAGAAUUACACCCAUUUAGUCCUUAAUAGGAGGCGAGGAGAGCAACUCGGUGGUAUCAGGAGUAGCUUUGGAAUCAAUGAUGGAUGUUUUCAUUGAAACAGGAUCACAAAGGAUAUUAUUACUAAAACACAAUGAUGGAUGCUUUCAUCGAAACAAGAUCACUAAUGAUAUUAUUACUAAAACAUGAUUCAAAAUCAUAAUAUGGUGAUUUGCUUAAUAUAGAUAAUUGUUAGUUUUCAGUAAAUACAGAGGGUGAAUGUUGUCAACAUGGAGUAGAUUUAAUUUCAAGAAUUUGACUUUAUAUAUACUCUUUUUGACUUGUGAACUGGUAAUUCCAUUGUCACAAUGCAGCAUAAUAAGCAAUUCAUUGUGAUUAGAAUGUUUUAACAUGAUGUUCGAUCAAUAUGGUCAUGUUUGAUGGCCAAUU